AUGUUCCGUCAGCCCGACGGCAUUUGGGCUCUGAUUCCGUCUUGCUCCUACCUGUUCCUGGACGGUGGCGGGGAGGAGGAGAGGCGCCGUCCCGCCAUGUCUCGUUACAGCCUCCGUAACCUCCUGGACUGGAUGUACGGGGGUGUGGACCCCAGCUUCGCUGGCAACGGAGGGCCGGAGUGCGCGGCCUUUCUCUCCGGGCAGCAGCGCUGGGUGGAGAGCUUGGUCUUCCUCAGCGUGGGCGUCGUGGAGAUCCUGCUCUCCCUCUGGAAGCUGAGGCAGCUGCCUGCCAGGGAGCUGGAGGCUCCCCUGCUGCUGCAGCAGCCCCAGGCAAAGCGGGAGAGCCUGGGCAAGAACCUGCUGCUGGUGCUGCUCUGCCUGGUCUUUGGGCUGGAGGUGGGCUUCAAGUUUGCCACCAGGACUGUCAUUUACCUCCUGAAUCCGUGCCACGUGGUCACUAUGAUGCAGAUUUUUCUUCUUGCCUGUCCUCCAUGUCGGAUUGCAAUGAUUCUCUUCAGGUUGCAGAUGCAUAUGCUGAAUGGGGCCCUCUUGGCAUUGCUGUUUCCUGUUGUUAACACACGCCUGCUUCCAUUUGAAAUGGAAAUUUAUUACAUCCAGCAUGUGAUGCUAUAUGUUGUGCCCAUCUAUCUGCUGCGGAAAGGAGGUGUCUACACUCCAGAACCACUCUGCAAUUUCUGGUGGGCUCUUUUAUCCACAGGGUUUAUGUUUGUGUAUCAUUUUAGCGUCUUGCAGAUUCUGGGAUUGGUUACAGAAGUGAAUUUGAACAACAUGUUGUGCCCAGCCAUCUCAGAUCCUUUCUAUGGGCCCUGGUAUCGAAUCUGGGCAUCUGGACAUCAGACUCUCAUGACCAUGACUCACGGGAAGCUCAUAAUCCUGCUGUUUCACGGUGCUGUCCCCAUCUUUAAAAGUAGCGUGGACUUGCUUAGACUCCCAGCUAAGAAAAUAGACUGACAUCUCUCCCCACGGAGUUGUGUACACAGGAAGCAGAGAUACUGGAAAACAAAGAGGAGGGAUGAGAGGACAAUGUGUUUAUACUUCUCCCCACAGUUUAUUGCCUCAAAAACACCUCUGUCGUGAAGUGAGGUUUUUUUUAACUGCUGUUUCUCACUGCCUAUUGCCAAUGGCAAAAUCAGUGGCCUUAUUCUGGAAAAGGUUCGUGUUUUAUACAUUUUACAUGGAUUACAGUGGAAUCUUGCUAAGCCACCGUUUAAAAUUAGGCCAGGAUCUGUCCACAUUCCAGCAAAAAAGUGGCAGUGCUACCUCGUUUUGACUUAUUUUCUAUUAAAUGUAAGUACACUUCUAUCACAGGACAGGAAAUAAAGCUGAAUU